AUGGUGGUGACUCUCGUGGCCACCGGCCUCCUCCUACCAACGCCGGCUCUCCGUCAGCUCAGAAGCGGCGUGCCAUUGUCCAGCCUCCUCGAUGACUUGGCGGAGGAGGCCUCAAACUCGUGGCUCAUGCGGUUCCUCAACCGGCCAAAGGAGGACGCGGCGCUGCAGUACGAGCAACAGGGGUACAACACGCUUGAAGGCAUGAGCACCCGCCUCGAGGUGGAGCGCUCGCCCAUCUCCGAGCAGCCGGUCAUGUUCACGACGAGCCUCGACGGCACCGAUCCGAGCUUUGAUUUCGAGCGAUGGGAGGUCCACCGCUCGCAGGCCCGGUACGGACGGCUCGUGCUUGGCAUCCUCUUUGGGAAAACCACGCAGCGGAUCGGCCCGACCGUGCUGGCGGUCUGCCUCUUCUCGUCGCUCGUGUUCGCAUACAACAACGUCUUCCUGGCGGCGACGCAGUUCAUCGCGGUGAAUCCGCUCUACCCGGAGCUGCAGCUGCCGCUGACGCCGUUCGAGCUCACCGCGCCCGUCCUCGGCUUGCUGCUCGUCUUCCGGACCGACACGGCGUACGAGCGCUUCAGCCUCGGCUCGCAGCUCGCGUGGGAGAUCGCGGCCCUCUGCGAGCGCGCGGCGGCGGAGGACCUGAUCCAGGCGUGCACGCUGGUCCACGGCUGGAUCAUGACCUCGUACCUGCGCGGAGGGCUCGACCGCCGCCGCUCGGCGCCCAUCGACGAGAUGCAGGAGGCGCUGCUGCGCGCCGCGCUCGGCGUGGAGGAGGGGGAGGAGGAGGAGGAGGGGGGCGGCGAGGCGCGAACCGAUGCCGCGGAGCCGGCACCGGCCCCGUCGCCUUACCUGUGGAUCUCGGCCAUGGCGGUGGCCGCCGACCUCGCAAAGUGCGAGAAGCUCGUCUCGACCCCGAUCCCGCUCGGCUACACCCGCUCGUCGGUCCGGUUCCUCUGGAUCUGGAUCACGCUGCUGCCCUUCGCCCUCUCGCGCACGUUCGCCGACUUCCAAGCCGGCACGUGGUGGGAGGACAAGCCGAGGCACGUGGACAUCGCCGUCCAGAUCGAGGAGCCCUUCGCCAUCCUGCCGCUCCACGUGCAGCACCAGUGGCUGCUGCGCGACGCCGAGCAGACGCGCUGGCUGAUGCGGUACGGCUCGCGGCAGCGAGUCCGCCGAGCAGGCGCGGCGGCGCGGAGGGGCGAGGACCGCGGCAGGGAGGAAGACAGCAGUGAGCAGGACCGCAGUGAGCCCGAGCGCCCGCCGCCGGAGGCUGCCGUGAAGGGGGAGGUCGAGAGCUAGUAGACAUGAAAG